CUCUCCUGCCCGCGUCGGAGGAGGCCUUCGACGACCAGAGCAAUAGCUCGCCAUGCUUCUCUCCGGAGUACCAGUCACCAACACUGGAGGAGAAGGACUGGAUGUCCCUGCUGCGAGUCUUGUCGACCUGGCGGCCACUAACAGCGCUCUCCAGACCUUAUUCAGAGCCGACAUACAGUUACUCCAAGAUGACCUGUAAGGCCUUAACCACCGUGUGA